AUGGCCGAUCCCCUGUCCAUCGCAUCAGGGAUUGCGGGUUUGCUCUCACUUGGUAUUCAAGUCACCCAAUCUUUGGCCAAUUUCUACAUUGCAUACAAGGACCAGGACAACAACUUGGCAAAGAUUACGCAGAAUCUCAAGAAUAUUCAGGGCAUCUUUCGAUGCCUUCACGUUGCAGUGCAGGAUCACCGAUCCAAGGCUGACGCACAAGAGAUACUCAAGGAAGCUGGACAGGCAACGCAUAAGUGUGAAGAAAUUAUCAAAGAGCUGGAUAUGGAAUGCCGAAAAAUUCAGAAAGAUCUGGCCCCCGGCUUCAAGGGUCGCAUCCAAGUUGCUGGCCGUCGCGCGGCCUACCCAUUUAGAAAAAGCACCUUACAGAAGCUUGAAGAAGACAUUGGCGAGAUACGUGCAAACUUGUCGUUCGCACUAGAUGUCCUACAGCUCAAAUGCCAUGACCAAAUACAAGAUGAUAUAUUGGAACUUAAAACUCUUCUUGAGCGAACAAACGCCAGUCAGGUCUCUUCCACGAUUCGUGCCUGGCUGAUGGCACCAGAUGCAUCUCUCAAUCACAACGCUGCAUGUGCGAAACGUCAUCAAGAUACGGGACUAUGUUUCAGAUAUGUCGAAUGUCAGUUCAACGCUAUCAGACGGGCGCGAAACCGGAAUCAGUUGGAUGAAUGUCUGCGGGCUUUGCCCCGCGAUUUGGAUGAAACGUAUGAACGAGUCUUGUGCAGUAUUGACAAAGAGUACAUUGACGACGUGCGGCGAGUUUUGACUGUGCUUUGCUUUUCUGCUCGGCCACUCACGGUCAACGAGCUGAUUGAGGCCCAUGCUGUUGAUUUAAACGAGCCACCACAUCUAGAUCGUGAUGGUCGUUCGUACGGGCAAGAUGAUCUUGCCGACAUUUGCCUUGGUCUUAUCGAGUUCGCGGCCACGGAAGAUGACAACGGACAAAACUCCUUGAUUGCUCGCAUAGCGCAUUUCUCCGUUCAGGAGUACCUACAGUCAGAUCGCAUACUUCAACAAAAUUCAAGGAGAUUCGCCAUGCGAAGUGCGCCUGCGAACACCGAACUAGCCCACAUAUGUCUUGUCUAUUUAUUAGAACCCGGUUUCUCUGUGGAGGUCUUAAGCAAGAGAAAGCUCAAAGAGUACCCACUUGCUCAAUAUGCCGCCGGACAUUGGUUCCAUCAUUAUGCAAUCUCGGAAGAAGGGAAGCCUAGAAUCGAGAAAUUGGUGGUAAGGCUGUUCACUGGGAAGAUAAAGCCUUUCGCUACGUGGAUACGCUUACAUGACAUGGACCGUCCGUGGAACAAAAAAGUGGAUUAUGAUCGCCCUGCUACUGAUAUAGCAUCACCACUGUACUACGCAGCCAGGUUGGGAUUAGAAUCCGUUUUGAAGAGUAUCUUAGCUACUGGGACUGAAGGUUUAUCGGUCUCAGUGAAUGCUCAAGGUGGACGGCUCAGCAAUGCGCUCCAGGCUGCAUCAAUCAACGGUCAUGAAAAGGUGGUACAAAUACUGUUGGAUCAAGGUGCCGAUGUAAAUGUCCAAGCUGGAGAUUAUGGCAGUGCACUGCAGGCCGCAUCAUCCGGAGGCCAUGAGAAGGUGGUGCAGAUGCUGUUGGAUCGAGGUGCCGAUAUCAACGCCCAAGGUGGUCAUUUUGACAAUGCACUACAGGCCGCAUCGACCAACGGCCAUGGAAAAGUAGUGCAGAUGCUGCUGGAUCGCGGUGCCGAUGUGAACGCCGAAGGUGGUGACUAUGGCUAUGCACUGCAAGCCGCAUCAUCUGGAGGGCACGAGAGUGUAGUGCAGAUACUGCUGGAUCGAGGUGCUGACGUUAACGCAUCAGGAGGGCAUUUUGGCGAUGCACUCCAGGCCGCAUCAUCCGGAGGCCAUGAAAGGGUGGUGCAGAUGCUGCUGGACCGAGGUGCUGACGUCGGCGUACAAAGGGGACAAUAUGGCAAUGCAGUUCAGGCCGCGUCGUUUGGUGGCCAUGAGCAGGUGGUGCAGAUGCUGCUGGAUCGAGGUGCCGAUGUGAAUGCCCAUAGUGGUGUCUUUGGCUAUGCACUACAAUCUGCAUCAUCCGGCGGCCAUGGAAAGACGGUGGAGAUACUGCUAGACCGGGGCGCCGAUAUCGAUGCUCAAGGUGGACAAUACGGCAAUGCACUUCAGGCCGCAUCAUGUAGUGGCCACGAGAAGGUGGUGCAGGUGCUGCUAGAGCGAGGUGCUGAUAUGAACGUGCAAGGUGGACAUUUUGACAAUGCACUCUAUGCCGCCUCAAUUAAUGGCCAUGACAAGGUGGUGCAGAUACUGCUAAAUCAAGGUGCUGAUGCCAAUGCCCAAGGGGGAUUCUUCGGCAAUGCAUUUCAGGCCGCCUCAUUUAACGGCCAUGAUAAGGUGGUGCAGAUGCUGCUGGAGAGAGGCGUUGAUGCUAACGCUCAAGGUGGAUAUUUUGAAGACGCAUUCCACGCCGCCUCAUUCAACGGCCAUAGUGGAUAG